CACCGAUGAUCAUAUGAUUGUUCAAUGGAGAAGCACGUCUGCAAGGCGUCGACUAAUUUUCUUCAAGCCAGUUUUUAAUUUUCUGGCCUAGUAUCGGCCGUUUUUUGUGUUAGUGGUUCCUAUAAACAAUCUCCAGCCAUGGCGCUCAGCGACGCAGAUGUUCAGAAACAGAUCAAGCAUAUGAUGGCCUUCAUCGAACAAGAGGCGAAUGAAAAAGCCGAAGAAAUCGAUGCUAAGGCCGAGGAGGAGUUCAACAUUGAGAAAGGCCGUCUGGUCCAGCAGCAGCGGCUCAUGAUCAUGGAAUACUAUGAGAAGAAGGAGAAGCAGGUCGAGCUCCAAAAGAAGAUCCAAUCAUCGAACAUGCUCAACCAAGCUCGUCUAAAAGUACUGAAAAUACGUGAGGAUCACGUUCGCGCUGUACUGGAUGAGGCUCGCAAGCGCCUGGCUGAGGUUCCCAAAGACACAAAACUGUACUCAGACCUUCUUGUCACUUUGAUUGUGCAGGCUUUGUUCCAGCUGAUGGAGCCGAACGUGACUCUCCGUGUCAGGCAAGCCGACAAGGCUCUCGUGGAAUCUCUGUUGAGCCAAGCUCAGAACGACUACAAAGCCAAGAUCAAGAAGGAUGUGCAGCUGAAGAUUGACACAGAGAACUUCCUGUCCCCUGACACCUGCGGUGGCAUUGAGCUGGUCGCUGCUAGAGGCCGCAUCAAGAUCAACAACACUCUGGAGUCCCGUUUGGAACUGAUUGCCCAGCAGCUGCUGCCGGAGAUCCGUACAGCCCUGUUCGGUCGCAACCCCAACCGCAAGUUCACCGACUAAACAAGGUGUCCUUCACUUGUUAUUACUAACUAUAUAUUUAAAUUUUCAAUAUAUUAUGUAGAACUAAAUAUUACAGUAAGUGUUUUCCUUUGGCUAAAUAUAAUAUAAUAAUGCGUACAAUAUUAUUGCCGUUUAGAAUAUAUCAAGAAUGUUAAGUCGCCAGAAACAAAUGUGUGAUCAUGUGGAUUUUUUGAUUCCUGCAUUUCUACUCUGUGCAUUGGUUUCGCCUGCUUCGAUAAUUUAAAAUUAUAAAAUAUUUUAUUUUAGCAAUUCAUUCGUAGUAGCCCAUAGUUAGACGUAGUUUAUAGGGUUUGGACGAUCGUAUUUAAGGAUUUAAUGAGAAUCAAUGUAACCUGUAUAAUGUAUCACGGUCUAACUUACAGUAUUAAGCACUUAAAUGUUACGUAUGUCAUACCCAGUAACAUUCACUUUUGUUGUAUCUGUUGUUAACGCUAAGGAAUCCUUGAUGACUGAAGGCUACGGUGUGACAGCAGCAUCCUACGCUGUGCCCACUGAAAUCUUAUGAUUUAACUGGCCGCAGUGUAGUGUCACCCCCGUGCCUUCAGUCGCACAACACAUUCCUUACAUGUUUAUCCCCGGCAAUUAUUUAAGGGCUUGCUUUCAGUAUGAAGAGUAUAUCACUCUAUAAAUUUUAUAUAAUGUACAAUUCCCAUUAUGGCACUGUUAAAAAUUCUUAUGUAAAUAUAUAGAUGUGUUAAAA